UGGUGCUUCUUGCAGAUGGAUUAUUCUUUCCUGUCUAUUAUUCUUCAAAUCAAAUUGAGGAAAAGAAUAGAGCACAUAGAAUAUAUUCUCAAUGACUCGAAGAAAUCACAUCUGCUCAAUCAAGAUAGCAGCAGUAGCAGUGCAAUUCCGGAGGAAAGCAGGAGGCAGGAGGAAGUUACUAACUUGCAUAGAAGAAUUGAUCGGAAGGUGUUCGGUCGUGAUGAGGAGCGUGAGCGUAUAUGUAGUAUGCUUCGAAAGGGAUCAAAUGCUGAUGGACCAACCUCCAGUAGCAGUAAACCUUAUUCUGUGUUUGGCAUACAUGGCAUUACAGGAUCCGGGAAGACUACCCUGGCUCAAUAUGUUUGUGAUCUUGAGAAGAAGGCCGAAGACAAGCAUUUUGACCCUGUCAUGUUCAUUCAUGUCUCAGAGACUUUCAGAAUAGACAAGAUAUUUCGUGACAUGUUGAGCGAGAUGGGACAACAAUCUGGCAGCAACGGUCUUACAGCUCUACGUGAUGAGCUGAAGGAAAACUUGAAAGGAAAACGUUUCUUGUUGGUACUGGAUGAUCUCUGGGUCAAUGAUAAAAAUCAGAAGGAACGGGAUCUUGUACUUGAUGCAAUCAAUGCUGGGCAGUGUGGAAGUCGAAUCCUGGUGACAGCUCAAAAAAAAGAUGCAGCUGCAGCUCUAGGUGCUCAGGAGCAGAACUCGAUACCUGAUUUGGAAGAGGAGCAGUAUUUUUCAAUGUUCAUCCACUAUGCCCUAGAAGGCAUAAAUUCUGAUCAUGACAGAUAUAUAUCAAUAGGUAGAAAAAUUGCGAAAAAGCUGUGCAGAUCACCAAUUGCAGCAGUAACAGUAGCACGGAGGCUUCAUACGAACAUAAGUAUCAGCUUCUGGGAAAGAACAGCGAAUGAUGUUGUGCUGAAUGAGACCAUGGGAGCUCUGUGGUGGAGCUAUCAGCAUCUUGGUGCUGACACCAGGCGAUGCUUUGCAUACUGCAGCACUUUUCCAAGAGGAUAUGAGCUAGAACGAGAUGAGUUGGUUCGCAUCUGGAUAGCACAGGGGUUUGUAAGCACCAGUAAUCAUGCAACAGAGGAAUUGGAAGAUGUAGGCAAUCGCUACUUUGAUGAGUUAUUGACAUUCUCAUUUCUGAUGCAAGUGCAAGGAAGAUCAAUGUUUAAAGCUGAGGCAUUCAGAAUUCAUGACCUGCUACACGAGUUGGCAGAGAUGGUUGCUGGAAGUGACUUCCAUAGAAUUGAUUUGAAUGGCUCGCCAAAAGAUAUUCCGGCUGGGGUUCGCCAUGUUUUCAUCGAGACCGACAAUGGAGCAAAGGUCAUCGCGGAGAAAAAUCUGGACUUGGGAAAAUUGCGCACCCUGAUCAUUAAGGACUUUUGUACAUAUACAGAUAGAAUGCAACCCGUGGAUAACUUAGAAAAAGUCUUUGAUUGUUUGUUCAAGAAGAAGCUGAGGAAACUGCGGGUGCUGAUCGUUAUACUAAAACAUGGCACAGAAGUGCUGUCACUCCCAGAAUCUGUUGAUCGGAUGAAGCAUCUACGUUAUCUUGGUUUCCACGCUUACGGUACGACGAAGUUGAUUUUGCAAAGCACAUUUAGCAAGCUUUACCAUAUGCGGACGAUAAAUGCUCCUAUGCGGAGGGUAUCCUGUCCUGAAGAUAUGGCUAAUCUCGUCCAUUUGCGGCACAUCUCGGACUGGCUGCAUUUCCCCAACGUUGGCAGUCUGACGUCACUCCAAACACUGCCAUGCUUCUAUGUUCUGGAGCAACAAGGGUACGAGUUGAAGCAGCUGGAGCGCCUAAACAAGCUCCGGGGCGCUCUGCAGAUAUGGGGUCUUUGGAUUGUCGGAAGUAAAGAGGAAGCUCUCGAAGCUCACCUAGCCCGCAAGGAGCGACUCACACGACUGGACCUGCGCUUCAAUGGAAACAACCCUGACGUCGAAGCAGAGGUACUUGAGGGCCUUAGCCCCCCAAAUGAUCUUUUAGAGCUCGUGAUCUGGUGGUACAACGGUUCAAGGUAUCCUAGCUGGAUGCUGAGUCGGCAGCAACCAGACGGGCCAAAGCGCCUGCAAACACUUGACUUCAUUAGUUGCAGCCGAUUGGCGUCUAUUCCUGAAGAUACCGAGCUCUUCACUCAUCUGCGUGAACUCCACAUUAAUGGGUGCGACUGGGACCGCUUGCCAGAAAAUAUGGAGCGCCUCAUGUCGCUCCAGAAUUUGGUACUUUGGGGAUGCCAUAAGGUGGAGCUCCUUCCGACGCUGCCCCAGUCUCUUCGGAAGAUUCAAAUCUCUGCAUGCCGCGCGCUCAGUAAAACUUGUAAAGAAGAGGGACACGAGAAUUGGCAUAAGAUCCAGCACAUUCCGGAGAAGGACAUUCUUUUUUAAGGACGGACGAUUUGUGAAUCCAUCUGUCAAGCAGAGCAGACAUCGGGAGACCAGGCCGUGUCAGGAAUGCUGCGCCCGGUCCGUGACACAUUCUAGUAGCUUUUGCUUGUUUAUUACUGUGAUCCGUGAGCGAAACGGAUAAAUGCUCUACUCGUGUGCUCCCAACUAUUAUGGGUUUGUGCAUUGCUUGCUUGUUUCCUU